GGUCUUCCAUUCCGCCUCAAAACUAUCAUCCAUUUCAUAUUCCUCUCUCAUAUUCAAAAUGUCUCAACCAUUCAUUCUGACUCUCCGCCUUGAUGCCGCUUCCGAGAAACUCCUCACAGCCCUCCGGACCCGCUAUUUUCCUUCUUCACGCAACUACCUCUCUGCACAUGUAACUCUCUUCCAUGCUCUUCCCUCUUCUCAGUAUUCUCUUUACAGAUCCAUUCUCACCUCCCUCUCUUCACGAGAACAAAAAUUUAAAGUCAGGAUCAAAAACCCUUUUCCGUUGGGAAAGAAAGGUGUAGCGCUCAAUAUUGCAUCUUUCAAAUUACGGAAGAUUCAUGAAGAAUUAUUGGGAGAAUUUAGAGAAAACGGCGUGCAAUUGACGGAACAGGAUGAGCGGAAAAUAAGACCCCAUGUUACGGUGCAGAAUAAGGUCGGAGAGGAGGAGGCAAAGAGAACGUUGGAGGAGGUGAGGAGGGAGUGGAUAAUGCACGGGGAUGGGAAUGAAGGAAUAGGGGGGAUGGCCGAAGCGAUUAGUUUGUGGAGGUAUGAGGUUGGUGGGGAGUGGACUCAUUUGGAGGAUUAUGAGUUUUCGUAAUGGACAAUUGAACGCAGGAAAAAUGGGAAGAGUCAUUGUACAACAAAACCUGGAAGAUAUCAUUCAUGACAAAUGAUUGAGGAGAUACUUGUUUGUCUCGAAGUAAGGAUAUUCACGCAACACAUGGCCUCAGGUGUAGAAUGGUCAUUUUUUCCAUUGAAAAUUCAAUUUCA